AUGUCAGAGUGUAAAUAUCAGGAUGGUUCUUGUCCAAUAAAGAAGAAUGAAAUUAUGAUUUGGGAUGUAAAUACUUCCCAGAAUUGUCAAUAUAUUUCAAUUAGAAAAUUAGAUGGAAUCAUGAAUAAUGGACUGUGGAUAAAUAGUGAAAAUCAAAUUGCUUUGAGUUUGAAUAAAAACAAUAUUGUGAGAGAUUGUAAUCUUGAUCUCUUAAUUAGUGAUGAAGGUUUUGCAGUACGUCAGUUACAAAACGAAAUACCAAGAAUUCCAACAGAAUCGAAGUUUCCUAGAUCCAUAGGAUUGACACAACAAGCACUACCAUCAACUCCUAGUCUUCAAGAAAUGAGUUCAACAUCAGAGAUUUCUAGAUCCGAAGGAUUGUCAAAUCCUCAGAAAUAUGCAGAGUCUUCGACUCCUAGAUCCGAAGGAUUGUAUCAAAAAGAAAGAGAAGAAUAUUAUAAAAGACAAAGAGAAAUCCAAAAGGAUCGAGAACUUCGUGAGCAACAAAUCCAAAUGGAUCGAAAUAGAAUCCAAAAGGAAAAAGACAAAGAAGUAAGAGAUAAAUACGAAGCUGAUCGUAAAGAAUUUGAGAAGAGAAGAGAAGAAAAAAUGAAGCAAUAUCUAGAGUUCGAAAAGAGAAAGAAGGAAAAAAUGGAAAGACAAGGAUUAUUGAAUACUACUACUACUACUUCUGUGAAUUCGAAUAAAAUCAAAGAUUCUGAAAUCCAGAGGAUUGAAACUACAAAUAGGAUCAAAAGAUCUAUAGAAGCAAAUCAAAGUUUAGAAGACACUUCUAGACCUUUUCCAUUACCUACUUAUGAAGAAUACUCAAAGAUUAAAAAUGAUUGUUCACUGCUUCCAAGUUAUGCUGAUUACCUAAGGUCUAAAGAUAAAGAAAUAAAAGAUUUCAUUCGAUCUAAGGAUGCUUGUGAUACUUUUCCAAGUUAUGAUGAAUACAGAAUGAGCAAUUCACUUUGGGGGUAG